GCUUCGUUCGUCCUACAGCACUAACAGCGAGCGUAUCGCAGGUUCUCGCCAACCUCAGGAAUAUUCUGGGCUUUAUAGCACACCGCCGGGAAAGUCGGUCAUCGACGCCACCAUCGACACCACACGCCCCGUCAUAUCUCACCGAUCUGCGACGACCUCUGGCAUGAUGGACCAAGUCCAAUUUGCGGUGCCCAAGAUGUGGAGCUGCAACUGGAACUGGUGUCCGGAGACGUUUCGCGACGGCAGGGAUCUCCGCAGACAUUUGCAACAAUCCCAUUUGAACGAGGUCAACAUCCUCCAGGUCAGGAAGCGCGACCUCGACGCAUAUCUGCGUUCAACUGAGGGAAGAAGCGGGGCUACAGACAGCCUCCUGGCAGCGGUCCCAGGCCAUACCCAAACCACCCGGUCUUCAUCGCGGACACGCAUGGAGGUCGAUGAGCCGCCGCGCCGAAACGACUCCGCCUCCGUGCCUCCACGACGAAGCAACUCCGCCUCCGUGCCCCCACGACGAAGCAAUCCUGCUUCCGUGCGCGGUGGUUCGAGUUUUCUUGUAACCCCCCCGCCCAUCCCAUCCCACCUCCACCGUCCACCGUCCAGUUCGCGAUCGCCCUCCACCUCCUCAGAUAUCCGCAGAGAGCCCCCGCAUCCACGCGCAAGCUUCAAUGCAUACCCAUCUCCCAAGGUCCAGCUCUCGGACCCCUCACCGGCUUCGUCGGUGCCCUCAGCGAAGCGCCGCCGCACGUCCUUCGCGUCGUACACCGCACAGUCCUCGCCCAGGUCCACCCCGUCCGCGGCGUCAGUCCCCCCCUCUCCGAGUCUGACACACAUGGUCAAUGACGCGAUCAAUCACUCGAGCGAGCAAAAUCAAGCGUCGCCCAUUGUCGACCGGAAGCCAAGUUCCUCUACGUUGGGGGCGCGGCCAGCGGCGUCUUCGCUUCCACGUAGGACAGGUUCGGGUCCGUCGCCCUCUCCAGACAAGCCGCGGCCAUUCUCAACCUCUCCGACGCUCUCGCACCCGCAACCUCAAGCCUCCCCGAGCAAACUUUCGGCGUACAGCCCUCGAGCGGCGUCUGACGGCUCCGCGCAGGCGGUCGAGGACGCGCUGACGCAGAACGUCGCCUCCCCCGUGCCCUCUCAAGCCCCGUCUCACGCGUCGCGUGCACACGACAGCCAAAACGCGGGCGGCAGCUCGUCCGUGUCAUCCUCGGCGCGCCCGCAUACGCAGUCAGAGCCCUCCUCGCAGCUCGAACCGCAGUCGUACGUGGGCUCGCACGCUGUUGAGUCCACGCAUCCGGUACUCCCCGCGGAGACAGGGACGCAAGUGCCCGAGCUCAAGGUUGAGCCCUCGGCGCAAGAGCAGGAGCUCGCCUACCCGCACUCCUCCAACCCGUCCUCCCCUCCCCUCUCGCGCCGGCGCACACGCUCGAACUCGCACUCAGCGCAAGCUGCUCAAGUCCCGCCUUCGACGCGCACGCUCCGCAGCCGGUCCAAAACUCCGGCUCCUGCUCCUCCACCAGUUUCGCAGACUAAGAUCCUCCCUCUGCCGAGGCGGACGACGCGCAGCCGUGCGUCGUCCGACACGUACACGGGCACGCAGUCGGAGAUGCAGCCCGGUGCGGAACCGUCAGCAGCGGGACCGCGGCGCGCGACGUCCAAGCCGCCUUCCGCCGGCGGCGCCGGUCGCAAAGCUACGCGCACGAACGCGAACCCCGGAGGGCUCCCUGCUGUCGACGAACAGCCGGACGAGGCUUCUGCACCCCUGGCGUUGCAGAUAUCCGCUGGGCCAGCGACGGGGACGCGCGGGACGUUCCGCUCGGGGGUGCUGCCGCUCCCGCGACGGGGCCAGGUGAUGUCGCAGCUUCAAGCGUCGCAGACGCAGUCUCAGGCUGCAGCGAGGGACGUCAAGAGCGAGCCGAACGCGGAUUCUCUCGCGUCCCAGAGCCAGAGCCAGGAUGGGGGAGGGUACAGCGAGGCUUACGGGUACGUCAACCCGAGUGAGUUGUUGACGCAGAAGCCGUUCCCAAGCGAGAGCCAGGAGUGGUGA